CCUGAUACGGAAACAAGAAUGGCGGCUUUGCAAACGUUGGUUUGCGUCAUAGCUGGAGUAAUCUUGCGACUGUGGCUUUACAGGUCGUUUCUUCCAGAAUGGCUUUCAACAAGAGCAGAAAUUGUUACACCAUUGACAUCAUGGGAGAGGGCAAUGGAAGGUCUAUCUCUGAAGCAGAGUUUUAUUUCUCCGUAUUCAGGAGACCUUUUUCAUGAGACACCAUUGAUACUGAGGUUGUUGGGUUUUAUGAGCAAGUUUUCACAAAAUAGCAUCAAUUUGAUGUUUGUGGCUUUUGAUUUGGUGUGUGCUAUCUUGCUGCUGAAAAUAACAAAGAUAUUUGGAGGAUACCUGUUAGUCCACCAGUCUCGCAGUGUCAAGAACUAUUCAACAGACAUAGAAAAUCUUAUCCUGCGAGCAGAGGAUCUUCAAUCUGUCCAGUUUUUUGUCACCAUAGCACAUGCUUUCAAUCCAUACUGUAUAGCAGCCUGCCUAGCUAGGUCCACAGCCAUCUUCAACAACAUGGCCAUAUUGUUUACACUCUUCUACAUGCUGAAGGGUAACAAAAUUAUGUGUGGAUGUUUCUUGGCACUUUCCGCCUACCUCACAAUGUAUCCCAUCAUCCUCCUGGCUCCGGUGGCCAUUUUCUUUUACAAGCGCUCCAGCCCUAACUCCGAGUCCUAUAGUGAUCACAAGGCCCUACUUAGCUACUCACAUAUCAGUUUGAUCACACUGGCAUGGUUAGCAGUUCUCAUUGGAGUAUCCGCAUACUUGGAACAGUCCUGGGAAUUCCUUUACUCAACCUAUGGAUUUACGUUGACUGUGCCAGAUCUGACACCAAACCUUGGGGUUUUCUGGUAUUUCCUCACCGAGAUGUUUGAGCAUUUCCGUACUUUCUUUAUCUGUGUGUUCCAAAUCAAUGUCAUCAUCUACACUGUUCCACUUUCCAUCAAACUGAGAGAACAUCCUGUAUUCCUGCUGUACCUGCUGAUCUUCCUGAUUGGGGUAUUCAAAUCCUACCCUAGUUUUGCAGAUGUUGGGCUCUUUCUGUGUUUACUACCCUUAUGGAAACAUGUGUUCUCAUACAUGCGUAACACAUUUGUAGUGACCUGUAUGUUUAUAUGUACGACUGUGUUUGCGCCGAUCCUCCAUCAUCUCUGGUUAUACGCUGGCAGUGCUAAUGCUAACUUCUACUUCGCUAUUUCUCUGGCAUUCUCAUUAGCUGAGAUUUUCCUGGUCACAGAUCUACUUUUUGCAUUCCUACGUCGAGAGUAUGACAUGCUUCAAGGAAAAAAACACACGUUGCCCGAUGGUUCACAGGGCCAAGUUAUACUGGACUGAGUGGGGAAUGACAUCCUCCAGGACAAGUCAACCUUAACAGUUUAUAAACUUAUGAAAGCUCUUGUGAUAAUGAAAGAGAGAAAGUUUGAACUUUCUGGGGAAAUUAAUCCUAGUGUUAGGCAGUUGUAGAAAGGGUAUGGCCACUGUAGAAAAAGGAAGGCCACUGUAGAAAGAGGAAGGCCACUGUAGCAAGAGGAAGGCCACUGUAACCAGAAGAAUAUUCAGGGAAUGUUACAAUGGUUCAAUUAUUGGUUUAUGGAACAUGGACAGACAAUUUCUGAGAGACGGUUUGGUAUAAAUAUUCAUUUUAUAUAUGUCCAAGCUCUAUUUGCUUUUUAAAGUAGAGAAACUAUUUUGAUCUUUUCAAAUGAAAGACCCAAUACGUCACACAAUUGAGAUGAUGAGCAAUUAAUCAGUGAGUAAUAAGAUUUAUUAAUCAGGCUAAGCUGGGUUUAAUUUUCCUCUAUACCAGUACUGUAUGUAUGAAACAUCUAUAUAUUUACCUAAAUCUUGACUGGUAUGGUCCAACCUCACGUAUAGUCCAUUAAACUGCAAAUGUAUCAAGAUUUUAUCAUGCAUUCAAGAAAGAAACUAUUGAUGGCUCUAAUUCUAAAAAAGAAAAUACCUGUAAAAUUAAAAAUAUUAAAAUAAUAAUAGGGUAGUUAAAGCAUAGCAAAGUGACAAGGUAAACAUAAAGUCACAUUUAAAAGUGAAAUAAACAAAAAAUUAUUUGAAGAUAUUAAUUUUCAUUUUAUGAAGAUUUCGUUCAUAAAACAUGAACGUGUAUUGAUCAGCAGGUGAUCCGCUGCCAUAAAUCCUUGUUUACAUCAGAAAUUUAAGAACGAUCCAGUGUUUUAGACGAUUUUUGUGCUAAUGAAUCUCUCAUAUGUUGGUGAUAGAAAGUAGUAAACAUUGAAAUGAAACAAUUUUAAGAUGUAUUUGUUGGUAUACUGAUUUGUCAGUCUCUGUUGAAAUCAGACGAGUUCAGACAUAUAGAGAAGAUAGAAUUUUCUUGGAUUUUCUUAAAGGACAAUUCAUAAAUAUAUAGAUAAUGUAGUAUUUUCCGUCCAUCUGCUAAAUUUCUGGGUGUUCGUCUGAAAGCAUGGAAGAUAAUAAAACUCUACUGAGCCACACAAACAUGUGGCAAGUGUAACAAAAACAUUGGUCUGCUUAAACUAGACAUAUUGUCCUGACAAAGAUAUGUCCAGGGUCCCCCCCUCUGUCAAAUUUCCUUUUGAUUUCUCAGAUUCUUCCUUGGCGAUUUGUAAUAUUCCUCCUCUGUAUAUAUGAAGUACGGUAAACCUCCGGUUAAUAGUUCAAACACGCGUAAGUAAUAGUUUGUAUAAUGCGAGCAAGUUUCUAUUUAUAAAUGUCAUACUUAAAGUGCUAGAUACUAUUUCAAUAAGUGUUUAUAACUUAUAGACACAACCUUGGUUUUUUUUUUAAAGUAUAUGCAGGAAAACAUUUUUUCAUGCAGUACAUAAUUGUUUUUGUGAUUUAGUUGUGUAAACUCAAAACAUGGGUGUAUAGACUUUCAAUAGUUGAUGGAAAUUUCACAUAUGAAAUAUUUAUAUGAUCGAAUUGGAUGUCUCAAAUAUUCUCUCAGCUUGGACAUUAAAAGCACUGAUUAUGUGUUGUAUGAAGACUGAAGUUCUGUUUCUUCGUAGUACUGCACUGUGCUAACAAGAAUCUUAAUGAUAUUUUUGUUUUGUUAAGGAAUAUGUUAAUGUGACAUGAUAUCAUUUGAAAACAUUGUAUAUAAACUGUACCAUUAAUGAAUGGUACUUUGGGAUACAAAUAGGGGAUGAAUGCAUCAGGUAGCCAUGAAUGGAGAGAUAAUAAUAUGCAAAAUCAAAUAUGUAGUUUGUAGAGAAGCAUUUAACCAGAGCCUUCAGUUUUAAUUUACUCCUAUAGCUCCAAGAUAUAAACUUUCAGAGAUAAUCAUGCAAGCUGGCCUGGUGAUACUGGUAAAUUAGCAUGCAUGUACAUGUCUAUCUAUCCUACACAUUGACAGAGUCUCUUUAUUAACAUUUCAGUUAUAUAUUGUAUGUUUUGAUCAAACAUUUUGCAAUUAUGAAACAAAUUUCGACAUUAGAUAACUGCACCGUUAUCAGUUUCAUCCUGUAUUCAUCAUAUAGCACCUGGUGGUUCUAAGACUGGUAGUUAUUGAUUAUGAGGUCCUCUAUAUUCUCCUGCAUACCCUACUCCACUACAACACAACCACUAUAUGCAUUUGAGCCGAGCGGACGAUAGAGCCGGCGUUUAAUCAAUCAAAACAUUCCAAAAUUAUACAACACGAUUUCAUGUAUACAAAGCAUCAGUAAAUUCUUAACUCUCUCACACACUCCAUUUCUUAAUAAGCAAUAUGAAAAACCAAGCGAACCACCCAACCUUAAAACCGUUUUUUUUUUGUUUUUUUUUAACAGAGAAAGGAGUUGCACCAGCUCUAAUGCUUCAGGUUUCUUAAUAAAUGCUGGGAUUUCUAACCUAUUCUUGAAAACAAAAUGCCUGGCAUUAUAAUGCAAAACACCUACAAAACUACGAAACUAUACUACUCUUCCGUAACAAUAUUAUCAACAAUAUUAAAUGAAAGUUUGUCAUGACCUAGACGUCCGCGGCUAGAAUGACUACACUACAAUAUAUUUCACCCGAGCGCCUGUGUACCCUCACGUGGCUAUCUUACACGUACUCAGCCUCUGAUUGGCUGCCCUACCAAGCACACCUUACAUGCACUAUAUAUCGCGCACGGAAAACAUAGGACAGUAAAUUCCCGCUAUUCUAGGAAACGCAGGGAAUUUUAAAUUUCCAUUGUAUCUGUUACUUCAUUUUUACUAGCUCCGUCACAGGCACAUGUUCUGAUGUAUGUGAAGACAUUAUUGGGUACUGUAUGACAUGAAAUGUUCGUGUGUACUUUUCAGUUAAUUUCAAAUCAUUUCAUGUGUACACAAAUUUUGUGUUUAGCCCAUGUGACAAUAAUAUAACAGUUAUACAUUUAACAUUAUUCGUUGUAUUUAUAUUCCUGAUUUCAUACAUAGCAACCAUGAAAGUUCAUACACAACGUUUCAUGUUAUACAGUAUAUCGGGGAGGGCACUAGGGUAUAUAAGUGUAUACAUAUUUAUCUACCCGAGUGCCCUGCCAAUAUACCCAAUCAGAUCCUUCCAUAAAUUUUAACAUUUGCUAGUGACUCAGCUUUGUGCAUUGUGGUGUCUUCAAAUAAGGUGUGGAAUCAAAAUGCUGAUGUUCGAAAUUCUAGUCAUACACAGACAUUUUUUCAUUCAUUUCCAUAUCAUUUGAAAAAUGUUUGUCAAAAGUGAUCUGUUACGAUGUAAUAUUUUAAAAUGAAAACUGUUAUGAUACUUUUAUGUGUUUGACACAAAUAUGUAAGCAUAGGCCUAGAUGUCUGAAAUAUUAUGACCACACUGUCAGUCACACUGCAGCUUCUUCAAGUGCAAAAUAAUUUAUUUAUAAAUGAUGAAAAUAAUCCAGUCAAUCCAAUAUUAUUACAUAGAAUAUUCACUAGAUAAUAUUUCUCAUUAGAAAAUCAUAUCACAGUUCACGACUUAAAAAUGAUGCUUAAUGAUGCGUGUACAUGUGUUAUGACUAAAUUAAUUUCUUCAGAAUCUUUGAUGUGUAUAACCUAACUCUUGACUUAAUGUGCAAUGUGAUCAAAUUAAUUUAGAGUAGUGAAUGUUUAUUGUUAAUGAAUGUGUGUACAUGUGAAAAUCUCACCUAUUUUGAUACAGAAUUUUUGUCAAUAAAUAUGAAAACUAU